ACAGCCCCGAGGUGACCCCGGUGUCCCCGUGUCCCCCAGGAUGAAGGAGUGGUGGCUGCAGGUGGGGCUGCUGGGCGUGCCCCUCCUGGCCGUGUACCUGCACCUCCCUGCACCCCAGCUGUCCCCAGCGCUGCGCUCCUGGAAAUCCUCCGGCAGCUUCUUCACCUACAAGGACCUGAACAUCUUCUACAGAGAUUCCAGCGGCGCCGUCGGCAGCUCGGACGUCGUGGUGCUCCUGCACGGCUUCCCAACGUCCAGCUACGACUGGAGCAAGAUCUGGGAGGGGCUGACCCAGCGCUUCCACCGGGUGAUUGCCCUGGAUUUCCUCGGAUUUGGGUUCAGUGACAAGCCUAGACCCCAUGGCUACUCCAUCUUCGAGCAGGCCACCAUCGUGGAGGGGCUGCUGCGGCACCUGGGGCUGCGGCACCAGCGCAUCAACCUCGUGGCGCACGACUACGGCGACACCGUGGCCCAGGAGCUGCUCCACAGGUAUGAGCACAACAGAACUGGGAGCAUCCUGAUCAACAGCCUCUGUUUGUCCAACGGAGGGAUUUUUCCCGAAACAAACUACCCCCGCUU